AUGACACAGUCUAGGCCAGCUACCGAGGUGGAGAAAGGGCUUCAUGAGCCGCAAAUCCAGCAUCAUGAUCGCGUUGAGAGUCUCUGGGCUCAGCUGGAGCCCAGCGCCAGCGGAGAGCUGGACUUUAAGGGCCUGAAGAAGGGCUUCAAAAAGAUUGAUCACCCGCUGAAGAAUGCGGAUGCGAUGCUGAAAAAGAUCAUGAACGAGGUGGAUACAAACGGCGAUGGAAGGAUUCAAUAUGAAGAGUUUCGAGAUUUUGUACGGCAAGCGGAGCGUCAACUUUUCGACCUAUUCAAAUCCAUCGAUCGCGACGGCAACGGCAAGCUGGACAAGUCUGAGCUCCAGACGGCAUUCAAGGCUGCGGGGUUGACGGUGUCAAGCCGAAGGCUCAAUGAUUUUUUCAGCGACAUGGACCUCAACAAUGAUGGAUACGUGAGCUUUGACGAGUGGCGGAAAUUCCUGCUCUUCAUGCCGGGGAACCAGGAUGCGUCCCAUCUCCAUGCCGUCCUGUCCUUUUAUUACUCGGUGGUUAAUGUCACGCCCGAGGGAGACUCCCUCGUGAGUGGGGAAACAUUGGAAGGCUUAGGUAGGGCCGGUUCUUCUAGCUCUUUUCUUAAUAUCCUCUUCGGCUCUCUCCUAAGAGUGGCCUUUCCUUCGUCCUAUCCGAGGACGCCCCCAGAGCUUCCAUCACCUCCUCCACCGUCUCCUCCGCAAGCCGCUGGGAUAGCAGACCCGGAGCUCCAACAGGACCCGUCAGGGGCAGAUGAUGCCGUUACAGAGACCGACGGCGAUGGCAUCUCAGUCGAGCACCGUGAAGAGUCCUCCUCAACCGGAGCUUUAUCGACAAAAAGAAAGAAGUUUAGACUGACAGACUUUGCUCCCCAUCCAGGUUACUUCCUCGCGGGUGCCAUCGCCGGUGGAGUGUCGCGGACGGCCACUGCUCCGCUUGACCGACUAAAGGUGUAUUUGCUUGUCAACACCACCAGCGGAGCCGAGACGGCGAUAGGGGCUUUGAAGCAGGGCCGCAUCAUUGAUGCCCUGAGAAACGCAGCGAGGCCUUUUAGCGAUGCCAUGAAGGAUCUGUAUCGAUCAGGCGGAGUCCGCAGUUUUUUUGCCGGCAAUGGAUUGAAUGUCAUAAAGAUUAUGCCGGAGACGGCCAUCAAGUUUGGAUCAUACGAAGCUGCCAAGCGAGCGCUAGCCAAUUUUGAGGGCCACGGAGAUGCCAGAAAUAUCAACUCUUAUUCAAAAUUCGUUGCCGGUGGUCUAGCUGGAAUGAUUGCCCAAUUCUGCGUCUACCCCCUCGAUACUCUUAAAUUCCGACUUCAGUGCGAAACUGUCAAGGAUGGCCUGACGGGGCGCGCCCUUGUCCGACAGACAGCCUUGAAAAUGUACGCAGAUGGCGGUCUGCGCGCCUGUUACCGGGGUGUCACUAUGGGCUUGAUCGGCAUGUUCCCAUAUAGUGCGAUUGACAUGGGAACUUUUGAGUUUCUCAAGCAGAGUUACCGCAUCCGCUAUGCCAAAUAUGCGGGAUGUCACGAAGACGACGUUGAGCCUGGUAAUAUCGCCACGGGAAUCAUCGGCGCAACAUCCGGAGCCUUUGGCGCGUCGGUUGUUUAUCCACUGAACGUGGUGCGAACACGACUACAGACGCAAGGCACGGUGAUGCACCCUCAAACAUACACAGGAAUCUGGGACGUUACGCAAAAGACGAUCCAGCAUGAAGGCUUCCGCGGACUCUACAAGGGCCUGACGCCAAACCUUCUCAAAGUUGCCCCGGCGUUGAGUAUAACGUGGGUGGUGUACGAAAACGCAAAGCGCAUUCUCGCACUGCACUGA